AUGGACCAGCAACUGGAAUUGCCAUACGAGACAGUUCAAUCACAAGAAACCACGGAGUCAAAAGAUUCCGCUAGAAGAACGGUAUUUGUCGAAGCGUUAUGUAGCUCAUCCUGUAAAGGUUCAGGUGAUGAAGCGUUCCUCAAUGAACUGAGUUCAAUGCUGACCACUCUAGGAUCUGACGAGGAACGCUUGAACAACCUCGUUGAGGUCGCGAAAAAGCACGGCAUUGAACAAGAGCAAUUGGUACAUGUAAUCGCUACCGGCAUUAAGGCACAGGAGAACAUAAAGAAUUCCAUCGAUGAGCAGAAGAGAGAAAUAGAAGCCUUGGAAAAUGUGAUAUCCGAAUUCUACGUUGCAGCCAAUGAACUAUAUCAGGCAUUGCCACAAAAGGCCAAGGACUAUACAGAGGACAACAUGCCACUGGAAAUUUCCCAAAAAACCGCAGGGGCUUCUAGUGGCGAGAAGGCUUCAAUAAUGACUAAUAAGCUGAUUAUGGCAGUUGCGCAUUUACUUUACCGUAGCGAAAUGAAAAGUAUGAAAAGUAGUGAAAAACUUUCACUGGAUCAGGAACCUGAAGCCGCUGUACUUGAAGCGGUCCUGAAAACGAGAAAAGAGACGCUGGAACUGUACGACGAAGAGAUCAAAAGAACCGAACAGAAGGUUUGUAAAUUAUGCACAUCGCUAAAACAGGCGUUCCGGAAAGUGGCUGGUGUAGAAUCUGUGAAUGGAGCGGAGACGUCGCCAAAACAUGACCCUUUUGACAUGACUUCGAUUGAUUCUGGUUCACCAAAAGCAGUUAUUACUAACGACAGUAGGACUAAAAUGUCGGAAGAGUGUGUGUUGUUUUAUGGGGCGAUUCAGUAUGUCAGGAGCUUGCUGAAAGUGAUCGAAGAACAACGCAAAAAUGCAGAGAAUUGCUUAAGGUCGACGAAGAGAAAGCUGGACGAGUUGCAAAUGGACGCGAGAUUGCUUAAACUCGGCCUUCGAAGAGCAGACGCCCAAGCCAAGGAGUUUGUGGCGUCGAGACCGCUGAAUAUCAACCUCGAAACAGCCAAUUGGGAAGGUGAGUUGGUGGGUGCUCUGAGGUCGGUUUUAAAAAACUUCCGAGCGAUCCAGCAGACAGUUGAAAAUGAAAGUUUCCAGCAGUCACUUUGCAAGAUUCAUCUAGAAAACAAAGCCAACAAUUGUGAAGAACAAAUUAUGAUCAUCCAACAGCACAUUCAGGAAGAGUACGAUCAAAUGAAACGACUUAAAGGAUACCUGGAGUGUCAGCUGGUGAAUAUGCGCGCAGAAUUGAAGAGAACAAGAGAAGAGACCGAGCAAAUCAAGGAAAUGAACGCAAGAUACAACGGAAGCAUGGAGCAACAACUCAUCAAGGUUCGACAGGUGGUGGAUGCAGGAGUGAAUCUCGGGAAGGAAAUUAAACGAAAAAUGCCGUCUCGCAGUUGCAAGUUCGAUCAACAGGAAAAACGACUGAGGGAGAAAACAAAUGACUUGCUAAAAGAGCAGAAGAUGUUGAGGGAAACGUUAAAAAUGAUCUUGGAACAGUUGGAGAAAACCGAAACUCAGAUGCAUCAACAAUCGAAAGUAACCUCAUUGAAAAUCCGCGACACAUUCCAACGGUUCAAAGCCGCGGAGCAACGGCGAUUGCAAGUGCAGACGAAACGACGGGCAGUCGAACAAUGCAAACAUGACGACGAGAUUCAAAGGACGUGGGAGAUGAUUCUGCUGGAACACGAACAUAGAAGGAAAACGGAAAAAUUCCUCAACGUCGAGAAAUCCUUGGAAGAACUGAAGAAAGAAACCGAGGCGUUGAGGAGCCGACUAGUCGGAAAGAGUCUACAGUGCGAUAGAGUGAAAGAGGAUAUUCGAGGACGCGAAAAAGAUUUAAAAAGGGCAAAAGAAACUCAACAACAGCUUCAGCAAAAAAAGAAAGAGAUGCAGGAGGUUCUGAGAAACAUUCAGGGAGAGACAGAACGCUAG